AUGGAAUCUUAUUUACAAUACGAGCUUGCACCAUUGUCACUUUUUACAGAAAAUGGCCUCAGAAAAAAUGUUAAAUCUCAACUUUACGAUUUAUUUGUGAGUGCGAAUGGACCAACGAAUUCUGACGGCAUUGUGCAUGUCGUCGACGGUGGAUUUUUACUGCAAAAAGUAAUUUGGCAGAAAAAUGAAACAGUGGAAGAAAGAAUGAAUAAAUAUUUUCGAUAUGUAGAAAAACAUUACGCAGCAAGCAGCUAUAUCGGUUUUGAUGGGUACCCCGAAAUUAAAAAAUCAGUUACUGUGACAACAGUACCAGCAGCUACUUCAACUAAAAAAGGAGAACGUAGUCGUAGAAAAACGUCAGACAAUAUUCCAGAGUUUGAUUAUCAAAACCAUACAAAAAUACCAUUUCUGAAAGAAAAAUUUUUAUCUAACGAGAAACACAAGGACAAAAUAAUAAAAGCGUUAAUGAAAAGAUUACAGUCACAAGAAUUUUCCUGUAAACAAGCAGAAGAAGAUGCUGAUGCAGACAUUAUUAAAUUUCGAUAG